CUUUGUUGUUUGACGAUAUAUGCAGCUAGCCGGGACUCGAUGGGUGAUGAAGUCGUCUCUCUGUUCCUCCACACGUGGACACUUUCCUCUGAAAAGUUGAAGGCGGUGGUUACAUCUGUCAAGAAUUUUAGGUGGAUCAUGCCCUGGGAUCCUAGACGUUUUCGUGGAGGUGGUCUCAUUGUGGGUAUGGAUCUGUCGUUGUGGUAUAUGUUUGGUAUCAUUCCCCUGAUCUCCAUAAUCACAGGCAUAAUAAUAUUACUCGGUGAUCCAACUGUUAACAAGUGGUUGCUGAUUCCCGACACGAUUCUCAUGAUUUUGUGGGGCAUGGUUGCUCAUCCGGUUCUGCUGGCAUCUAUUAUUUAUUGGUAUCGUGACAUGCCUUUCCGUUUAAUUGGUGCCAAGGCCAAAUUUAAGCUCGAGGUCAUUCCUAUGAUAAUUGCAGCAGCCUUUCAUCACCUUUUGGAGUUCAAUUAUGGGUAUUUCUGUCUAAUACUAGGUUUCACGACAUAUUUCUAUACCAUUGCGCACUUCAUGCACGCAGCGUAUGAUAUUGGAGGAAAAGACGUAUUGUUGGGAUUAGUAAUGCCGGUUCUUGCUUACUUUCUCAAGGGAGGAUUGCUAGUUAGAGGUUUGGGUUUGAGCUUGUGUGUUGUAUUGUGUUUCUAUAGAUAUGUGACGUAUUCUGCUCCUGAAGUACCUGAGCAUGGUAAAAAGGAGUUGGAGCGGUUGCCUUGCUGACUGAGGACCAACCCAUCCAGAAUACGGACCAACGUGUACUGAAAAAACUUAUGCAGAGUGUACUGAAAUUGACAAGGAAGGAAGAUUGGAGCUGGGAGAUCUCUAACAACUUUUGUACCUACUGGAGCAUACCAGAUGCUGAUAAAAAUGAUGGGACUGGACCUCUGUAAGCCUCUACUACUUUUGCAGUAGUAGUAUGUGUUUUGAAGCCAAACUAUGGAAAUGUUUGAUUUGUCUUUCGAUGGAGUUCGUGUUUGUUUGAAUAAUUGUACUUUAAAUAUUACCCAAAAUAAAUUUUUAUAUACAAAAAUGAAUUAAUUUAUUC